AUGAGAUUUCUUAUGUCUAUCAUUCUAUUAAUAGUUCUUUUUAUGGCAACCAAUACAAAAGGUUAUGAAGAUUAAGAGUUUUAAUCAACCUCAUUUCCUACUGAGGGGGGAUUCGAUUUACAAUCUAUAAUGAAUUACAAAAGUUCCAUUUUUAAAAAAAUACAUGAUCUGGUAGUUUGGGUUAAUUGGCUAAUUAACAAUACGAAUGAAACAACAAUAACUACCGAAGAAAUAUUACCAACGCUAUUAAAAAUCGGGUUCAGAGAUGAAGAUUUUGAGUAUGUGCGAAAUAGAAGAAACCUUUUAGAUGAAAAUGAAAGGGAUAUUGUAUAAGAAAAUGGGAGAUACCCCCUAUUCGCGAAUGGAAUCUCCCUUAACGAAUUUGAAGAGGAAAUCAAGAGAGAAGCUUAAGAACAUCGCUAACAGUUGAGAGCUUUAAAUUCAAUCUACAGCAGAAUCGAGAGUAUUCGUUCUUGA